AUGUCCUCCAAGGCAACGUCCAUUGAUCCUGCAGAAGACGCCAAAUCAGUGCGGCAACAACAGGAACCAAAAGUGAGCAGCAGCAGCAGCAAUAACAAUGAACAGCAGGAAGAUGAGCUUCCGCAGCAUUGGACCAAGAUCGCUUCCAAGAAGCAUCCGGGCAAGUACUACUAUUUCAACGUGACCACCAAGGAAAGCCUUUGGGAACAUCCAGGUAAGACGAAAGCACUUGACGCGGAGAAGAAUAUUAUUCGGAAUGUUAAAGCGUCCAAGGAAAAGUCCAGUCCCAAAUCGGAGAAGGUGAUUCAACUGAAGAAUGACACUGUACAGUUUAAGAAGAAGAACUUGGCCAAGAACCGAUUGGAAAAGUUGCAGAAGCAGCUGGAGGUUGAGCGGAAGCAAGAUGCCGGAAAAAAGAAGGUGGAAUUGGAGAAGGUUGAAAAGGAAGCGAAGACUCCGGAGACUCCAAAGAAGAAAUCUCCGGUCAAAUCUUCACAUGUAAAAGAAACCGAAACCGAAAAGACAACACCUUCGAGGCAGAAGCGAAAACUAGUUGGAUCGGAUAAUUUGUCGGGUUCGCCUUCGAGCAGGUCGAAAACAAGUAAGCUGAGUCCGAAGAGUAAGGUGAUUUCCAAGAAGGUUUCCCCUAAAGUUGAACAGAAGAAAUUAAGCAAUGCUGAAAAUACCAAGAAAAAGGGUCAGGAAGAACCGGGAGCAAGUAAAAUAUUGAAGUCGUUUAAAAUUCCGAAAAAAACCAAGCUGGAAUCUGUUUCGUCUUCCAUUUUUGUGGACAUUCAAAAAUUGACUGAAGCGAAGCCAGUUGAUUCCCAAUCUCCAAAGACUGAUUCGAUAAGAAGUCUACCUCUAAAAGAUCCUGUUCCGAAAGAACGGAAAAAAGUUCCAGAAGCAGUUGCAAAAUCUUCUCCUAAGGUCUCAUAUGCUCAAAAGCUGCUAGAGGCUAUCGAACGACCUCAAGCUUCACCAUCGCCGAGGACCGUAAGCGGAAAGGCACCUGCCUUUACUUCAACCCCAAAAGUACAAACCCUAAUCCGAGCUGAAGUUGACAGUCCCAGUUUUGUGAAAUCUCCAGCCAACGAGCGUUUGGUUGGAAUUCGUGAGAAACUCGCCCAGGAAGUGGCCCUCGAGUCCACCCUUCUAGACGAGGAUGCCGAGAUGACCGAUUUGAGCGAUGCACUUCCUCAGGAGCAACACUCUAGCGUGAUGGCGGAAGCAAUGGACUGGGAAGACAUUCCGGAAGACGUUGCCCUUCGGGAAGUGGUUGCCGUUCGACAGCUGCCAAUUAGCAAGGAAUCCGUACUGGAUGCAACGAUUCCGGGAUACGGCACGCAACUGUUUGAGCAGGGCCACUUCCAGAGAUACGUUUUACUGGUGAUGGACACCAACGUCUUCCUAUCGCAUCUUAAAGGUGUUGAACGGCUGCUGGAGAAAGGAUUUCCCCACAUUGGUCAACCGAUUCUGAUCGUUCCGUACAUUGUUCUCCAGGAAUUGGACCGGAUCAAGCACAGAGAACAGGGAACACCGCUCUCGCAAGCGGCAGCUCGCUCAAUCCGGUUUCUUAACGAUCACCUCAAGCGGCGUGACCCACGCGUGAUAGGGCAAUCCUCCAUGGAAGCAGCUAAGCAGCUGAUCCCGGUGGAAAAUGCCGACGAUAACAUCAUGAACUGUUGUCUGCAGGUGCGGCUGAUUAUUGCGGGAAUUGCGACAGAUCUGAUGCUGCUGUCGAACGAUGUCAAUCUGCGCAACAAGGCCUUGGUGAACGGAAUACAGGCCUUCGGCUAUGGGGAACUGAUGGCCGAAGCGGAUCGUAUCCGGUUCGCGGCGGAUGAGCAGAUCGCGGGUCGGUGAUGUCCGGGGUUGGUUAUGGCUUCAACGGUGGUAUUAUCGUAUUGUUACUUGGUACUUGGAAACGUGAAACAUUUCCGAACUGAUAUAUAUUUUGAAUUUGUAGAAAGUAACGAAGAUGUUGAAUUAUUUUUUGAUAACAUG